UUGAAUUCUUAUCAGACACAAUCUCGAGCACGGUAAGUCGCUACCGGACGAUACAGUUUAGCGGAAUGGAAUAAAAAGUUGUUCGGAAGUUCCGUUAAUACGAUAGAACAUUAACCGUGUUUCGAAGCCGUGAAAAUUCAGUGAAAACGAUUGGGUUUUAUUUUAUUGUUUUUGUUUAAAUCUACAACAAUAAUCAUGCGGAUCUGUGUUUUCAAAAUAUUUUGACGAUGACCCGUCGACUCUGCGAGGCUUCUUUUUUUCGGUGAAUUUGACCUUGGAACUGGCUCGUCGCUUUUGUUGUCAGAGCAGUUAGAUGAUGGACAGAGAAGCUCUGCUUUCGAUAUCCGCUUGUUGCAAUCUGAACCUCCAACCCAGACGCAGGGAUCGCGAGAACUCGAUGGUAAGCGGGAAUCACAAUAUGGCGAACGGCCCGAGCUCAGGAUCCUUGUCGCGGGAGGAAAGACGUCGGCGGAGAAGAGCGACUCAAAAGUAUCGAACGGCUCACGCAACGCGUGAACGAGUACGAGUGGAAGCUUUCAAUCUCGCGUUCGCGGAGCUCCGUAAACUGUUGCCAACCUUGCCACCGGACAAGAAGCUGUCAAAGAUCGAGAUACUGCGCUUAGCGAUAUGUUACAUCGCUUAUUUGAGUCACGUACUCGAGGCGUGAGGGAACAAUAACAAAGCUCGAGGAGCAAAUAAUAAUAACGAAGAAAAAUGGAACGAGGGCCUAAUGAAGCUGCUUAAAAGUCACUAAACUGUUCAUUACUACCUCUCGACAGCACGUCGUUGCGAUUAAUUGUAAUUAUUUUGUCAAAUAUUUGAAUACUAUUUAAGAAAAUAGAACGGUACGUAUGAUAACAAAAAUUGUGAAUAGAUAAAAAAAUACGAUUGUAAUUAUCAGUCGAUUAGAAAUAA